AUGACAAAUAACUCAAAAUUCAGGCUACAAGACGUUUUUAAACCAAAAUUGUUUGAUAUGACAGUCGAAUGCGCAAAACAUGUAGGGGGAUAUGAAAAAUAUUCUAAGACAUAUCGUGCACCUAGCCUACCUGCACAUCUGGGAACUUCAUUAAAACAAGUUUGUGAACUUUUCACAAGACUGGUCCUGAAAGAGGAUGAAGCUUUAAGAAUCUCUGAUAAAGAAGAGGCAUUAAGAGAUAUAAACAGAUUUCGAGAACUCAUAAAUACACAGUGGACCACGGAAAUCAGUAGCUUAGCAUUUAAAGACCUUAAUGAAAAACAAUGGGAGAAACCAGCAAUGUUACCUUUAACUCGGGACAUAACGAAAUUCAAAGACUACGUUACCAAUGUGGCAAAUAAAGCAAUGACCUGUCUAACACUCAAUCCAACUGAUAGGAAAGAAAUGAAAAAGUUGAUUCAGGCUUCUCUUAUUUUAACGAUAUUAUUUAACAGAAAAAGAAUAGGCGACGUUCAAUACACAAAAUUAAGUACAUACAUCAACUACUGGAAACCGGUUAACCAAGAGGAGUGUGAAAAAGCAUUGUCUCAGUCAGAAAAAAUACUAACAAAAUAUUAUAAACGCAUUGUGACAGGUGGAAAAGGUAGUAGACCCAUAGCUAUUCUAUUCCCUCAAACAUUACAAACCUAUAUAGAUUUCUUUGUUAAAAUCCGCCAAGAACAUCACUUAGUACCCGAAAAUAAUCCAUAUUUAUUUGGGUGUCCUGGAACUUCGAAGUGGACAAGAGGGGAUGUUAUUAUACGGAAAUUUGCCCAAGAAGCUGAUCUAGAAUUUCCCAAACAAAUAUCUUCUAACAGAUUACGGAAGCAAAUUGCAACGGUAAUGCAAAUUCUUAACCUUAGUAAGGAAGAGAGUGAACAAUUCGCCCACUUCAUGGGACAUACUGAAAAAACCCACAAUGAAUUUUAUAAGCUGCCACAAGAUGUGUACCAAACCGCAAAAAUUUCCAAACUCCUAAUGUUAAUGGAAAAGGGCGUUGACAAGUAUAAAGGAAAGUCGCUAAAUGAAAUUAAUAUUAAUCCAAUGAGUGAAUUUGCUGAAGAAGAAUCAGAUAAUGAAGAUAACGAUUUCCUAGAUGCAAAUGAAUCUGACUGUACGGCAUUUCAAGCAAUCCCGGAAGAAGAAAGUCGACCAGUAUCGAAGAAGAAAAUAUCAGGGAGGACAUUCUGGACUUCUGAACAGGCUCUUCUAGUGAAAAAACAUUUCAAGUCCCACAUUAGCACAAAAAAGGCCCCCAAAAAGAAUGAAUGCAUGCAGUUAAUAGGAAAGUAUCCCGAGAUAUUCCAUGACAAAGACUGGGUUCGCGUGAAAACUUUUGUCUAUAAUAUCUAUAGAAAUAAGUGA